AUGUUGAACAGUCAUCUUAUCAGAAGUGCAAGCAAAGUCAGCCGGUUCGGUGUGACGCCCGCUGCCGUGAGAUUUAUGGCCAAAACUUCGACGAACAAACAACACCCCAUCGACCCUGCUCAUGUCAGUCCAUUUCUAUCAGAAAUGAAAGCAGUAACACCGUCCAAUAACGUGCAUCUGAGCCAGCUGUCGACCAAAGAGCUGGUCUCGUUGGGAAUAAUAGGCUGCGCAACCGUCAAUAAGCCCAUGCUAGACCUGGUGCUGAAAGUGUUCCCCUUUGUUCCCAUCUGGAUCAUGAAACUGUUGGUGUCGUCUCUGUACUGCGGAGGCGACAACUUCCAAGAAGUCAGAGAAACCGGCAAAAGACUGCAAGCAAGAGGCAUCAACAACAUGAUGCUUUCGCUCACCAUCGAGGACGCAGAGGGCACCAAAAACAUUGACAUCAACCACAUCGUGUCGGAAACCAUCUCGUCGAUUCACAAGAUUCUCAAGCCCCAUUUGCUGCAGCAGCUCGAAUCCAUCUCGGACGUGAACAGCAUCCCACCGGGCUACAUUGCUUUGAAGCCCUCGGCACUAGUUUCCAACCCAUACCAGACCUUGCUGCACUUUAACGACCCAGAAUGGAAAAUCCAGCGUAACAACCUGAUCGACAAUUGCGCUGCAAUCACCCAGGAAGUUUUCAAAUUGAAUCAAGAGUUGGCCCUAAAAUACCCACAGCGUAAGACUCCCUUCUUUGUUUCAGUCAUCGACGCCGAGAAGUACGCUUUGCAGAAAAGCGGUGUCUACGAGCUACAACGCAUCUUGUUCAAGAAAUUCAACCCACAGUCAUCCAGCAUGGUGUCCUGUGUCGGGACGUGGCAGCUAUAUUUGCAGGACUCGGGCGCAGACCUUCAAAAGGACUACCAACUAGCUGAAAGCGAGGGCUAUAAACUAGGUUUGAAAAUUGUCCGUGGUGCCUAUAUUCAUUCCGAGCCCAACCGUGCGUCAAUCAUCUUCCCAGACCAAGCCGGCACCGACAAGAAUUUCAACUCCAUCAUGUCCACUGUUAUCACCGAUCUUCUAGCCAAGGGUCAAGACUCUAUCUAUGGCCACUUGGUCGUGGCUUCCCACAACUACCAGUCGCAGAAACUUGCUACGCAAAUGUUGAGUGGGCAGGAAGAAAAGAUAGGCAAGGCGAACGUGGUCUUGGGACAAUUGUUGGGAAUGUCAGACAACGUUACUCACGAUUUGAUCGUGAACCAUAAGGCCAAAAAUCUGAUCAAGUAUGUUCCUUGGGGUCCACCAGCGGAAACCAAGGAUUACCUGCUAAGAAGACUUCAAGAAAACGGUGACGCUGUGAGAGCAGACAACGGGUUCCCACUCGUGAUUGCCGUGGCCAAAACUUUGUGGCGGUCUAUGUUUGGUAAGACAAGCCCAUCGUAA